AUGCGGCUCGCUCGAGAUGGCUCGUGGACGGGCCAUCCUGGGGCGUCCGAGGAUCUUCAAGAGAUUUCGUUGCUUGACAAUGCUCAACAACUGCCUUGCCCUAAACAGUCGCGAAGCGACCGCCCACAAUGUCUCAAGAACACAAUACACGAGAUCUUUUUUGUUGCUUGCCUAGCAUUGACAGCUGCAUCGCCGGUCUUCCUGCAGCGCUCGACCGUCGUUGUUACCGCUUCCAUCGCCAACGAGUUGCGCAUGAGCCCCGCUGAACUCGCAUGGGCCACAGCAGGAUCAGGCCUUACCACUGGAGCUUUCCUUCUUCCGUUUGGUCAUAUCUCUGACAGGUGCUCUGCCAUCUCACGAAAGUCGCUUCUGAUGAUCAGCCUUCUGGCAUUCAGUCUCCUGGCUGGAGCCACAUCAUUCGCGACGAAUGGCAUCACACUCGACAUCCUGUCUGGUCUCGCCGGAGUUGCUUGCGCAGCCAAUAUCCCGAUCGCCGUCGGCAUUCUCAGUCUCGCAUAUUCUGUCCCAUCGCGACGUAAGAACAUGGCCUUCUCCUCAUUCCUCACGGGGACGCCGGCCGCCACGAUCAUUGGUGGUCUCGGAUCAGGAGGUCUGGCACAAAAGUUGAGCUGGAAAGCACCAUUCGUCUGCUUGGCUGUUCUGUACGCUGCGAUCACGGAGACUAUCACCGAAACACCAAUGAUUCCACAAUCCGUGUGGGCUGACCUCUGCGUAGUGUUAGUCACCACCUGCACACUGUUUGCGUCAAUGACAUAUUACUCGCAGCUGUUUUGGAUCUCCAUGUUCCUGCAACAGCUUGAUCACCUGGCUCCAUUCGAUGUUGCUCUUCGUCUUCUACCACAAGCUUUUGUGGGUCUCCUUUUGAGUCCCCUGGUAGGACUUGUUCUACAUCGCAUGGCUGGGAGUACGUUGUUGUUGGCGGCGGUGUCCUGCCUCGCUCUCAGCAACAUCCCUUUGAUUUUCCUUCGACAAGGCAGCAACUACUUCGCCUGGGUGUUUCCUUCGCUUGUGAUGAGUACGAUAGGGAUGGACUGGACUCUGAAUAUUGGCUCUCUUCAUGCACUCUCACGGCUACCCCUAUACCAUCAUUCUGCAGGAGCAUCUCUCCUACAGGCCGCUGCCAGAAUGGGUAUUCCUUUCGGGAUAGCAACCACAACAGCGAUUUGGUCGUCUUACGAUGGAAGAGGUCACGAAGACCGCCUUCUGGUUGCAUAUUCCAACACCUUUAUUGCCACAGCGAGCCUGGCUGGCGUUUGCCUCCUGAUUGCUCCUUUCAUGCGGAUUGGACGAUUGGGCAGCGACCAACGCGAGGAAAUCGAGAGUGACACUGAAAGUGUCAAGCCCGACUCGACGACUUUCGUCGGAGGUGCACCAAUCCAGAACAACUCUUUCAGGCCAAGCAAGCGAUGGUCAAUAGGCGAGACCAUUUCGGCAACCUCUUCCUUUUUAAGCGAUAAUCCUCGGCGUGCCCCUUCUUUGACCAUGUCCCUUGUCUCAAGCCAGAAGAGUAUUAUUACUCCCAAAACGGACAACAGCUCUGUCAAAACCAUGGUCCCACGUAACCAUGCACCCGUCGUCUGGGUCGUUUGUGAGGAUUGUGGAACGCGAAAGCGCGAGCGGAGCACCGAGAAAGCCGGUGAUCCUGCACGGUACUUCAACGACAUCUCGGAUCCUGCCAACCGAUCACAUCCUGGUAGAAGACGUUUCCCGGUAGCGAGCCGACAGGCCAUGACCCACCAAAUGCUCACGAAGGGCUUCCAGCCUUACAAGGAUCAGCCUUGAAGGCACAAUUGUGGUGCGAAGCCUUUCGCCCACAGCAUAUUCCGUUCGGUCGGUUGAGGUGUUCAGU